CGCCGCCGCCGACGUACCAGCUGCUGCCGACGCCGCCGCCGACAGUCAGCCAGCCAACCCCGCUGCCGCCUGACCGAACCGAUCGAAUCGAAGUUCGAAGUACCGUCGUCGCCGCCGCCGCCAAUACACACUGUGCAGCACACACACACUUCGUCUUCGUCCAGUCGCUUUUCACUUCUCACUUGGCCGCCGUCGCGCGACUGCACUGCACAUCACGGACGUACGACGACCACCCUAUACUACGAUAACGAUAAUAAUAAAAUAUAAUAAACGUGAGAACAACAACGACCGACCCGACCACAGACAACGUCUUGUUCCUGCAACAGUUUACCGGCAAAGCAACGUCCGCCAGCUAAUACCGAAAGUACGCCGCCGUCAUGCCCGAAGAAAAGAAGCUGUCGUACGCCUACACCAACGGUUUCGCCUCCAACGGCCACGGUAACAACGGAUUGCCGCCCGAGAGCCCGGACGGCGAAAUGUUCCUGUUCACGUCGGAAUCCGUGGGCGAAGGACACCCCGACAAAAUGUGCGAUCAGAUAAGCGACGCUAUCUUGGACGCCCAUCUGGAACAAGAUCCGGACGCAAAAGUCGCGUGCGAAACCGUUACCAAAACGGGAAUGGUGUUGCUCUGUGGAGAAAUAACGUCCAAAGCCAAUGUCGAUUAUCAAAAAGUAGUUCGAGACACCAUUCGACAUAUCGGUUACGACGAUUCAUCCAAAGGGUUUGACUACAAGACAUGCAACGUGCUCGUCACGGUCGAUGAACAGUCGUCUAAUAUUGCGGACGGCGUACACAUUAACAAAAUCGAAGAUCUGAUUGGGGCUGGGGACCAGGGAUUGAUGUUUGGCUAUGCGACCGACGAGACUGAAGAGUGUAUGCCUUUGACCGUAGUGUUGGCGCACAAACUCAACGAAAAGGUGGCCGAACUCCGAAGGAACGGAGUGUUGUGGUGGGCUCGACCGGACACCAAAACACAGGUGACGUGCGAAUACUGCUUGGUCGGUGGCGCAUGCAUUCCGCAGCGAGUGCACACCGUCGUUAUAUCCGUUCAGCACUCAGAGAAAAUAGCCCUGGAAGACUUGCGGAGGGAGGUCAUGUCUAAAGUCGUCAAGACUGUGAUACCGCCACAGUAUCUCGACGACAGGACAAUAUUCCACAUCAACCCUUGCGGCCAGUUUGUAAUGGGCGGCCCACAGUGCGAUGCCGGUCUGACCGGACGGAAAAUUAUUGUCGAUACGUACGGUGGUUGGGGCGCUCACGGAGGCGGUGCGUUUUCCGGCAAAGAUUUCACCAAGGUAGACCGAUCGGCAGCGUACGCCGCACGUUGGGUGGCCAAGUCGUUGGUCAAAUCGGGCCUGUGUAAAAGAUGCUUAGUGCAAGUAUCUUAUGCCAUCGGAGUUGCAGAACCAAUUUCAAUAACACUUUUCCAUUACGGCACAUCUACCAAGACGCAAAAAGAAUUGUUAAAAAUCGUCAAUAGCAAUUUCGACUUGCGGCCGGGAAGAAUCGUCAGGGAUUUAAAUCUAAAAAAUCCCAUCUAUCAAAAGACGAGCACGUACGGACACUUUGGCCGUGACAUAUUUCCCUGGGAAAAACCGAAGACAUUAGUCGAGUGAUGACCGGCGGACUUCUUACACCGUGUGUAUGAUUCAAAACAAACACGUAGUUUUUUUUUUUUAAUUAUUAAUAUUUUUUUUUAAUAACAUUAUCGAAUCAAAUGUUGUCACCCAAAAUGAUUGUGUAGCGCUAAGAAACGAUUGUCUAGAGAAAAAAAAAUUCCUUUACACGUAUGUAUGUAUUUAUAUAUGUAUAUGUUUCUACCAUUUUUUUUUUUUUUUGGUUUUAAACAAUUAUAUAUAUUUUUUUCAUAAAUUAUUCGAAACUAUAUAUUAAACUAUUUUUUUAAAAUUAUUAUUCAUAUUAGUGAAAACAAAAACAAAUAAAACGUUAUAACAAUUUAAGUAUCGUAUUAAUAUUAAUUAUUAUCAUGUCAAAAAUGUGUCCGAGUUUUAUACCGAUGUAAAUAUCAAAAAAAUCGAAACUUUAACUGACAUAAUUUUUUUUUCUCGUCUGUCGCCUUAACAAAGUGCAAGAGAAAUAAAAACAUUUGACACAUCUUUUUUUCUAUUUUUUACUAUUGUAAAUUUUUUUUUGAUAGUUUUUUGAUUUAUUACCGUUUUUUUUUGUUUUUUGUUAGUGUAUUUCAAAACUGCAAAUUCGAUAUAUUAUAUUUUUUGUCUCGUAAUAGGCAACUUUAAAAAAAAUUAAACCAAUUUACAAAUUUAUGUAUAUAUAUAUAUAAGUAAACUUUAUAUGUAUACACAUGAAAUAGUGAUUCAUUAUGUAUGUAUGUUGUUUUUUUUUUUCUUGAUUAAGUCAUCAUUGUAAAACAAAUACAUAUAUAUAAUUUUUUCUUCUUCAUUUUUAGCAUUGUUAUCAUACGUGUAUUUUACUUCGCCAUAUUUUUUUUUGUUUGUUACAACCAUAUAAAUAAUA